AUGGCAGCAAUGGCCAUUUCCAUUUAUUUACUUAUUCGUCGAACGGAAACAACAUUAACUAGCACAACAACUGCUAGUACUUCACUUCGUUGGAACUCAACAGGCGUGACUAUAGCUGGUAUAACGGGUUCAUCGGGUUCGUCUUCGAAUCAAUUACAUACUCCUUAUCAUUUGACAUUAGAUUCAAGUGAUUCACUUUAUAUUGGUGAUUCAGAUAAUCAUCGAGUUCAAAAAUAUUUGAAAGGUGCAUCAACUGGAACAACAAUAGCUGGUCAAAAUGCAACACCAACUACUGCUUUAAACAAUUUAAAUUAUCCAACCGGAGUUAUUGUUGACUCAAAUGGUAAUAUCUACAUAGCAGAUACAAACAACAAUCGAGUUAUGUUUUGGUCGAAUGGUGCAUCAUCAGGAACACAAAUAGCUGGUUCAAGUUCUUCUGGUUCAUCGAACAAUCAAUUAGAUCAUCUAUAUGGUAUUACACGUGAUUCAAAUACAGAUACACUUUACAUAUCCGAUACGAACAAUGAUCGUAUCAUGAGCUAUGCAUCAGAUGUCUCAUCUGGUAGUGUCGUUGCCGGAGGAAAUGGAGGAGGUACAGGUCCUACACAAUUGUCGGGUUCGAGAGAAAUCUAUUUUGAUUCAUCAUCAAACAGUUUAGUUAUUGCUAAUUAUGGUGCUCAUAAUAUUGUUCGUUGGAGUUUAGGCGAUAGUUAUUGGACAUUAGUUGCUGGUGUAACUGGUUUACCUGGUAAUUCAUCAAAACAACUUAAUAGCCCUGUAGGUGUAACGCUUGAUAGCAUGGGUAAUGUUUAUGUUGCCGAUACGCUAAAUCAUCGUAUACAAAUUUUCUUAGCUGGUCAAUCAAAUGAGACAACUAUUGCAGGUAUUACAGGUGUAAGUGGAAACAGUGCUAAUCUACUUAAUACUCCUUUUUCGGUUGCACUUGACACUCAACGAAAUUUAUACGUCGCAGACAUGGCUAAUAGUAGAAUACAACAAUUUAUACGAUACUAA